CCGCGGCCUGCAGCGCGCCUCCCUCACCACCCAGGCUCUGGCGAGCCGCUCGGGCCGAGCGGUGGGAGCCACGGACAGCGCCAGCUGCUGCUGCGGGAGCUACUCCGGCUGCACCAUGCGGGAGCUGGCCAUCGAGAUCGGGGUGCGAGCCCUGCUCUUUGGGGUCUUCGUUUUUACAGAGUUUUUGGAUCCAUUCCAGAGAGUCAUCCAGCCAGAAGAGAUCUGGCUCUAUAAAAAUCCUUUGGUGCAGUCAGACAACAUACCUACGCGCCUCAUGUUUGCAAUUUCUUUCCUCACACCCUUGGCUGUUAUUUGUGUGGUGAAAAUUAUCCGGCGGACAGACCGAACUGAAAUUAAGGAAGCCUUCUUGGCGGUGUCCUUGGCUCUUGCUUUGAAUGGAGUCUGCACAAACACUAUUAAAUUAAUAGUGGGAAGACCUCGCCCCGAUUUCUUUUACCGCUGCUUUCCAGAUGGGGUGAUGAAUUCAGAGAUGCACUGUACAGGGGACCCUGACCUGGUAUCCGAGGGCCGCAAAAGCUUCCCCAGCAUCCAUUCUUCAUUUGCCUUCUCGGGCCUCGGUUUCACCACAUUCUACCUGGCUGGCAAGCUGCACUGCUUCACGGAGAGCGGGCGGGGCAAGAGCUGGCGGCUCUGUGCUGCCAUCUUGCCCUUGUACUGUGCCAUGAUGAUCGCCCUGUCGCGCAUGUGCGACUACAAACACCACUGGCAAGAUUCUUUUGUUGGAGGAGUGAUUGGCCUCAUUUUUGCCUAUAUUUGCUACAGACAGCAUUACCCUCCUCUGGCCAACACAGCGUGCCACAAACCAUACGUCAGUCUCCGAGUGCCCACUUCACUGAAGAAGGAGGAGAGGCCUACAGCCGACAGUGCACCCAGCUUGCCUCUGGAGGGGAUCACCGAGGGCCCCGUAUGACGGGUGUCUGGGGAAGAUGGACGCUGAGCCCCUGGCUCAUUCUUCUACCCUGAUGUCAUAACACAGUGGAAAGGAUUGCUGUAAUGUGAUUCUCAUCAGUUACUCUAAAGUCCCCUCAGCUUCCGUUCUGUGGAUGGCGUUCCUGCCACUCUCCAUGUCUCCCUCCCUUCAACAUUUUCAACUUGUAAGGUUGGGACACCAGGAGCAGUCUCUGAGAGACCCAAGUACCAGGAAGGAGGAUGCAAGGGUUAGGUGGGCAUGCUUGCUCAUCCGGCGAUUCCUUUACCUGAGGGUUUGCUGAAGCACCCACCCUCCUCUGUGUUCAUGUUGUAAAAUAUAAUAAAGUCUCCCACCCAGAA